ACUUUCCAAUUUAAGUUUUGUUUAAAUUAAUAAAAAAACUCCAUAUACCAAAAAAAAGUACAAGAGUACUAACCCCACCAUGCACCAACAAACUUUUCUAAAAUUUUUCUCCACUCUAUAUAUAUAAAUAAAUCUACUAAAAUUCUCUAAUGCAAUCUUCUUCCUCUUUUCUCCCCUCUCUUCUUCUUUGUUAUCAUACAACAAAGAAGAAAAAUAAGAAAAAGAGAAGGGGCUAAAAAAUUUUACCAAAAAGAAAAAAGAUGGUUAAGUUUUCUAAGGAAUUGGAGGCACAACUUAUACCAGAAUGGAAGGAUUAUUUUGUAAACUAUUGGCAGUUAAAGAAACAUAUCAAGAAAAUUAAACUCUCCCUCAAACCAAAACAAGCAGCUCAAGUUUACUCUUCCGGCCAUUGCUCCAACUUCGGUCACUCGGUUUUCGACCCCGUUCGUUCCGUCGUCUCCAUCAUCUCUAAUAAACUCCAUGAUGGUAGCUCUUCUACAGGUGAUAAUGAGGCAGUGAAGAGAACAUCUAUAGAAGAGGAGGAUGAUCAAGAAGAUCAAUUACGUGAAGAAAAUGAAACGGAACUUUCUCAACUCUUCUCCGAAGAAGACGAGGUGAAGAUGUUUUUUGAUGUGUUGGAUGAGGAGUUAGAAAAGGUAAAUCGUUUUUACAGUGCUAGGGAAACUGAGUUCCUAGAGAGAGGAGAGGCUCUUCUUAAGCAACUACAAAUAUUACAAGACCUUAAGCAAAUCUUAGAUCAACGUCGUCGAAAGAAUUUCUCUUCACCAAAAUCGUCUUUCCAUGGAGGAUUUAUGUCUCGUUCUAAUUCAACAUCAACGCGAAACUCAGAUACUUCUCAAAACCUGUCUGAUGCCAAUGAGCGUACAGAUGCCUCAUCACAGACAGAUGAGGUAGUAGCAGCUCUUGAAAAGAAUGGGUUGAAUUUUAUUGGGGCGGCUACCCGGUCUAAGACCAAGAAAGGGAAGCCAAAGAUGGCCCUGAGGAUUGACAUUCCGGCCACCACCCCAGCUCGGACAAUUUCCGCUGUAACGUCUACAUUAUGGGAGGAUCUAGCCAACAGUGCUAGCAAGGACUGCCCUAGGGAGAUGAUUAACAGGAAGAAAAUUCAGUGUGCUGAAAAGAUGAUCCGAGGGGCUUUUGUGGAACUUUACAGGGGACUUGGCCUUAUAAAAACUUAUUGUACGCUGAAUUUGGUAGCAUUCACGAAGAUUCUCAAGAAGUUCGACAAGGUAGCAAAUCGACAAGCAUCUGCCGGUUAUUUGAAAACAGUGAAGAGCUCCCAUUUCAUGAAUUCUGACAAGGUGGUUAGACUAAUGGAUGAAGUGGAGUCCUUAUUCAUCAAGCACUUUGCCGACAACGACAGGAAAAAGGCUAUGAAGUUCUUGCGUCCUCAGCAACAGAAAGACUCCCACAUGGUUACUUUUUUUGUUGGAUUGUUUACGGGCUGCUUUGUGACCCUAUUUGUUGUAUAUGCUAUUUUGGCACAUAUCUCUGGUAUGUUUUCGCCUGGAAGCAAAGAUGAGUCUGGUUACAUGGAGACCGUUUAUCCUAUUUUUAGCACAUUUGCUCUGCUGAGCUUACACAUGUUCAUGUAUGGAUGCAACUUGCUUAUGUGGAAGGCCACUAGGAUCAACUAUACAUUCAUAUUCGAGUUUUCACCGAAGACAGCUCUCAAGUACAGGGAUGCCUUCCUUAUAUGUACUUCCUUGAUGACUGCUGUGGUCAGUGCCCUGGUCAUUCAUCUCAUAUUAAGAUCAACUGGCUUCUCUGCACAACAAGUUGACGCCAUUCCUAGCAUACUUCUUCUGAUCUUUCUUGUAAUCCUUAUCUGCCCCUUCAAUGCAUUUUAUCGUUCAACUCGAUAUAGCUUCCUCAAGGUUAUACGUAACAUAGUGUUCUCUCCACUAUAUAAGGUUUUGAUGGUAGAUUUUUUCAUGGCUGAUCAGCUGACUAGCCAGAUUCCGCUGCUUAGGCACAUGGAAACCACAGGUUGCUAUUUACUUGCUGGCACUUUCAAGACACACCACUAUGAUGUAUGCAAGAAAGGAACAAUGUACAGAGAGCUUGCAUAUGUCAUCUCCUUUGCACCAUAUUACUGGCGUGCAAUGCAGUGCGCCAGGAGAUGGUUUGAUGAAUCUGACCCAAAACAGUUAGCUAACUUGGGCAAGUAUGUUUCUGCCAUGGUCGCAGCUGGUGCUAGGCUAACAUAUGCCCAGCAACAAGAACCUACAGUUCUUAGCACAAUUCUAGUCGUGGUGACUUCUGUAGUGGCCACUAUAUACCAGCUAUAUUGGGAUUAUGUGCAAGACUGGGGAUUUUUCAAUCCCACUUCCAGAAACCAGUGGCUAAGGGAUGAUCUUGUUCUGAAGAAGAAAAGUAUCUACUAUAUAUCCAUAGUUAUCAAUUUGGUCCUUAGAGUUGCUUGGGUGGAGAGCGUCAUGAGGUUUAUAAAAGUUGGAAAUAUUGAAGCCAAAUUUUUAGACUUUUCUUUGGCUUCUCUAGAAGUAAUUCGUCGAGGACAUUGGAACUUUUAUAGAGUGGAGAAUGAGCACCUAAACAAUGUGGGCAAGUACAGAGCUGUAAAAGCAGUUCCUCUGCCAUUCCGUGAAACAGAUUCUGACGGCUAAACUGUCAGCUAAAUCUUGUACAGAUAUCUCUAGUUCUUCAGUGGCGGAAGAAAUGCAAAUUUUUGUUUGUCUUCCACAGAACUUAAAAGAGCUGCACUGAAGUAUCCGUUACAGGUGAAAACCUCUCGCUCAUUAUGCAUCUGAAUAUACUCAUGCAACCUGCUAAGCCCAUUUCUGUACAGAAGGUGCACCAUUGAAUUCAGUCUCCAUAAAGUUGGAGAUUUUGUUUCAGCAAUAUAUACUGACCUAAAUGUAUGUUUAUUUUUUUGUAACGAAGACAUCCAAUUUCUUAGAUGUAAUAAAUUUUUGACGCUUUUGGCUGAAUAGAUUUCUGGAUAGGUAUCAUCAGAGUUGA